AAUGUCAAACACAUGGAUUGUUUCUGGACUCUUAAGGUUUAAGCUACAAAGUUCAGAUAUAUUCGUAUAAAAUAUAAAGAUCUAAUUGCUUUUUGUAUGAAUAUAAUUAAGAAAUGCCCUUGAUAGAAAUGGAGCGGGUACCGGAAAAUGGUUCUGACUGUAAUUCUGAUUUAGAAAACAGCGCAGACGAUACUUCGGACAACGAUCAACUGCUCGCAAAACAGAAAAAAAGAAAACGUGGUAUUAUUUACUUGUCAACAAUUCCUCCAUAUAUGAACGUUGCCAAAAUUAGAGAAAUUUUUAGCCAAUAUGGUGAUGUUAAAAGAAUAUAUUUACAGUCAAGCGCUAAACCAGGUGAGAAAAGAAAACGAGUACCCAAUUUAUUUACUGAAGGCUGGGUUGAGUUCGAAAAGAAGAAAACUGCUAAAUCUGUUGCAGCUAAUCUUAACAACACACAAAUAGGUUCACGAAAAAAGUCCCGCUACUAUGACAUGAUAUGGAAUAUAAAAUACAUUCCAAGGUUCAAAUGGGUUCAUUUAAGUGAGAGGCUUGCAUAUGAGAGAGCUGCAAUGAAACAGAGAUUAAGAGCAGAAAUAUCACAGGCAAAGAAAGAAGCACAUUACUUGCAGAAUAACAUUGAAAAAAGCAAAAAAUUAAAAAGGACAAAAGUAAAGACAAAUGAAAGUAAUGAAUGAGGAAGCAAUAUACUUUGAAUGAUUUUUUGUAUGAAGUGUUUAAAAAUAAAUGGUUCAUAAGA